CGGUUCAAACCUCAAAAAUAUUUACAUGUUGCGUCAGAUAAAUAACCCGCCCCGUCGCCGCCGCCACCGCAACGGUCGGAUACUGAAGUACUGAACGGUUCGAGUUUGGAACACUUCAUUCCGCCCCGUCCCCAAUCUCUCCAUCUCCGGCUCUCCACCUUCCACAAAUCCCCAAAUCGCCACAUCAAAUCGAAUCCACCCACCACGGACCACGCAUUCGCCAUGGAGUUUCCCAAGCGAGGGCGAGCUUUUCUCCAAGGUUCCCUGCGAAGGAGCCCCAAGGCGACGAUACCUGGAGCUGCCACGGGGGCCGACGAGAACGCAAGCUCUAAGCAUCUCGUGCCGGUGGGGGCCGCGUCGCCGAAGAGGAAGAAGGUGCUCGGGGAGAGGAACGACAGCGGCGUCGGGGGCAUGGAGGGCGCCGCGUCGGCACCAGUGCAGCAGCCAAAGCUCGCGUUGAGCCCCCCGACACCCGCGAGCCGCGGCGCGGGGCCGUACGACCCGAAGACGAACUACACCACGCCGCGGCCGGCGUUCCUGCGCUACGACCCCGAACGGCGUCGCGAGAUCCUCCUCCGGGUGUCGCGUGCGGCAGAGGUGAUGGACGACGACUGCUCUAGCACCACAUCCGGCACUGCGGCCUCGGAGGAGGACGGUGGCUCGUCCUUGGCCUCGGACGCGGCGGCAGGCUCCCUUAUCUCGUCGCCGCCAAGGAGCGACUCCGAGGCCGAGCUUGAUGACAGCGAGGAGGAAGAGGAAGUAGUCCCAGCUCGUCGAGGCCGGUGGGCCAGGCGGUUGCUUCUGUUGCUCGUCUGUGUGUCCUGCUCGUUCUGCUACAUGUAUUGCGCCAAACCCUCUGGCUUUCCUACUUAUUCAGAAGACGCACUUGAUUUGGAUAGAGGUAUUGGGGGCAUGUACGAUGCCUAUGAUCAUGAAUUAGACUCACUGAGAUUGUUAGGGCCAGUUCAUAUGAUGGGUCCAGAGGAUGUGCUGGAAGAAAUUACAAAUCAACUUGUGCACGAGGACUCUAAAAGUGUGGACCAUCUGUAUGGCAACAGAGCUCCUAGAAAUCUGGUGGCAGUUGCUAUGGUAGGGCUAGCUGAUAUCUGCCUCAAUGUUUCUUCAGGAGAAUUUACAUGCCAAAUUGGGGGUGAAAAAGGUGAGAAUGUGCCUGAUUUGAAGGAAGAUUCUGAAAUGGACAAACUCGAUACAGAACUGACAAUCUCCUUUCAGAAUGACAAGCAAAGCAGUGAAGUUGAUUGCCUGGGUGGAAACGCCCCACUGGAUUCCAUUGGUUCCACUUCUACUCACACUGAUAACUUGGAGGGCAGUUUGGAAUCAUUCCAUCUAGAGGAAUGGGAUGAUUACUCAAAUCAAUCUGAACUGCAGUUAGUCUCCAUGGAGAGGGCUAUAAAAUCAGCAAGUUACAAGCUGAAAGACAGAACGGGUUUGGAAAGUGAGGAGUUGGAUCUAUGGCAGUAUGAGAAUACAGCAGAAGCUGCUAAAACAAUAUGCUCUACUGUAAAAUUUCUGUGGUCUGCAAUGGAACCUCACUUGCUGCAGGUAUUGGCAUGCUUGUCUUUUGCAGGUUUGGUGGCUGCAUUAUAUAGGUAUUAUCAAAGAUCAAGAGAGUGCUGCAACUGCAUCAUAACCUAUGACUCACUUGCUGAACAACCAUUGUUAGUUCAACAUCAAGUUGCGCAGCUGUCAGUGACUUCAGUUCGAGAUGCACAGCUACCUGUUCACUCUUCGGAGCAACCUAUACAAUUGGCAAUUCCUAACCAAGGCACGGCUGGUAGUUUGGAGGUUCCUAUGGAGUUGACAUUGCCCAAGCUGGACCCAUUGGUCAGUCUUGAGGAUCCUGCACAAGAGUCAUUGCCCAUGACAGACCCACUGGUCACCGUCAAGAUUCCUGUGAUUGGUCGUGGGAUCCAUGAUCAGAAACUUAAACGUGGGGAUUCUGAGAACAUUAAGGCUUCAAAUGGUAUGUUUCUGAACCAUAGUGACGUUGACAGCUCCAAGCCACCAGUGGUUGAACUACUUGGAGAGUUCGUGCUUGCAAGUAGCUCAAGAGAAAGAUCUACCAAGAAAUUGUAUCAGAAUGCUGGAGAUGCUACAGAUAAGAAAUUGUUGAAACCUUUGAAAAAGGAUGAGGAUGUUGAAAAGAUGCAGAUGCAUUCAAGCAUCAUCCAAAGCCCUAGUGUUGGAAGAGCCAAAAAAGAGGAGAAAUCUAUAAACCGGGAGAAGACCGAUGCGACGCCAACUCCACUGAGACGCUCAAGCCGCCUCCGCAACAAGGUGACUUCUCCCUGACCAAAAUCCAAGGUGCUCAGCUCGUCGUUCGCUAACCUUUGGAUGCUGGGUUCCUCUGUGGUGUGGUGGAAAGCUGUGGACGGGACAGCACCUAGUUGUUACCCAAGCUUUGAUAUUGUACUUUAGGAGCAGAACAAUGUUUUACCAGAAUAUAUGCUGCGUAUUUGUCCCCUCUUAAUAUCCUCCUCAUGUGCAUGAAUUUCUCGUAAUGGUGGCUACACUUAAGCUUUCCGGCUAGAGAUGUCUGCAACGAACACAUAUGUGGCCUCUUAGUUUAUUUUAGUCCUACAUUGGUGGCGUACA